AUGAAAAAACUCGCGAAGCAGGCGACGCGUUAUAAGGACAACGCUCGCGAUGAUUGGUCGCAUACGCGCACGCGUCGUGGCGAAGAGAGGAGGCUGAGAGAUGCGGUCUUGACGCGGCGCCCGCGCAAGCAACCUGUCAAGAAAAAGUCAACGCCAGCAGAGGAGGAAGCGACGCCCAAGUCAGGCGUGUCGUCGGUCAAACUUGGUACAUUUGUUGACAUACGGAACGACGCGGGUGUCUCGCAUGGUAUCAUCAUCGGCGAAGCUAUCUUUGAUAGACGAAACUUCGUCUUCAGUCUGUUGGCCACGGGGGAUGUCAUUCAGCACACAGAACAAGAUAUAUUCGUUGCCGUUCCUGGUAUCGUUCCCUACGAUACUGCCGCUCGCUGUGGCUAUCACACACAGCCAGGUGACCAGACACAGGUAAAUGCGAGGGUGACGGUCCUGAAGCGCCUUCGAGAACUCGAUAAUAUGGUCACGAGAACACUAACCGCAUUUCCAAACGACCAAACGUUUCUGCAUCGCUCUCUUCGCUCUCUGAACCCGGAUGAUUGGACACAAGUUAAAUUGCAGGAUGCCGUUGGGAAGAUGCACUUUCAAAUGUUCAAACAACCUCCAAAGGAGCACGACUAUGUGUUCACGCUCGCUGUGCAUAGAUACAUGAUGAGCCACCCCGAACUCUUCAUUCCUCAUCCUAGUUUCCACCGGAUGCUUCAGACAUUCGACGUACGCCCUCAGUCGCAUGUUGAAAAGCUACAGGUAGCCACCGACCUGCUUCGGCGACGCGACCCAGCAUUUGACGACUUCAUCAAGAAGGCAAAAAAGAUCAUGGAGGCGAGAAAUGAUCUCGCUCAUUCUACCUGGCAUGAACCGCCUUCUCGCGUGGAGCAUCCAGAAAUUGCCUUUACACCCGAGGACCGUGCCUUCUUGGAUGUUAUACGAUUUGCCAUUCCCAGGAAUCGUGGCACGCCGUUCAAUCCCUAUAUUACAGCCGUUACACGGAUUGUGAAGGCGCUCGAUUUCACCGACAGUGCCAUUACCGAUACGGUGAUGAGAAACCUUCUGGUGGCGCUGGGCGAGAUGGCUCCCUGGGACGACUUUCCAUCUCGGGAGCGAUUCCAAGGGCUAGAUCUCCAGGGCGAGAGUACUCAGGCGGCUGCGGACAACCAGUUGAUUGAAAGGAAAUUAUCCAAGCUUUCUACCACGUCCCCACCCUCAACAGCUUCUACUGUUCUUGGUCCGGAAGAUUUCUAUCCUCGGGAUCCGGUUGACCACCUUCGUCAUGACUUUGGAAAUCUCCCCGUCUACGUGGUUGAUGAUGUGACUGCAGAAGAGCUGGAUGACGGGCUGUCUAUAGAACCAGACCAGACAGACCCUGGUGCUGUUUGGAUACGCGCUCAUAUUGCGGACCCCACUUCCCUUCUCCACCCCACUCAUGUCUUCUCCGAGCGCGCGAAGAAGGCUGGGUCAAAUCUUUACUUCAAUCAGGGCACUUUUAACAUGCUUCCUCCUGCACUUGGCAAGCUUCGCCUCAGCAUGGGCACGCUUGCGGCAAAGGGUGAACCAGAUCGUGUGCUUACGUUCAGCUACAAGGUGGACGCCACUGGCAAGGUAGUUGACUACGACGUCCGAGCUGGGCUCAUUAGAAAUAUUAGGAAGAUCAGUUAUGCUGAAGUCGACCGGAUUCUUGACUACGGAUAUGUCCCCACCCUACGACCUUUUGAGCCUAAUCCCAGUCCCCCUGUGGUACCAGACAUCGUCUAUCCUCCCUCUAUGGUUCAAGACCUCAGUCUACUGGGCGAUUAUUCCAAAAGGAUAGUGGAACACAACAAUAAAGUCCUCAAUCCGCUGCUGUUCUUGAUACCCCAAGCUCGCGUCAGCUCCACGCCAAAGCCACUACAAGGCGCACCCAUAAAUUCCUAUAGGCCUUCACUCUUCAGCGGAUUCCCUAGCAUGACGUACGAGGUUGGCAAUCAAGCCACAGACAUGUGGGGUGCGCGGGGGAUUAUUAGCGAGUGUAUGAAACUCGCUUGCCGCGCUGCUUCUCGCUGGCUGGCGGACCGUAACAUCCCUAUGCUUCGGCGUGUAUCUCCGCCGCCGCUCAUGUGGGAUCCCGAUGCCCUUAAUGUUGUAGAAAAGACACGCGAUGCAAAUGGGUUUGUGGACUACUUUGCGGCUCUCCGAGCGGACAUGUACAUACCACCGGUCAAGUACUCGCUUGAGCCUGGCAUGCACUGGAGCUUGGGAAUACCACAGGGCGAGGGCUACGUCCGGGUCACGUCACCUCUCCGGCGCUACACGGACAUGGUCGUGCACUGGCAAAUCAAGCACGCGAUGCUGAACCCAACGGCGCAGCCACUCUUCUCGCGCGAGUGGCUUGAAGACUUUGGGCGGCGACUGAUGCCGCUGGAGCGCGAGCAGCGCAACCUGCAAGGGGGGAACCAGAUGCAGUGGGUGAUGAUGUAUCUCAAGCGUUGGAUGGAAGACCCGAAUGCGGAUCCGGGACGGUAUAACCCGCUGGAGAAAUUGACGGGGCGCGUCAUGGGCCGAGUGAUGGUGAGCACGAGGAGACAGGAGCAUCACUGGCAGGUGCUGGUACCCGAGCUGGGAGUGGUUGGACAGUGGCUGCAUCGUGAAACGUAUCGAGGGAAGGAGUACGAGAAGGGCGACGAGGUGCCGGUGCAGAUUGCUGACAUUCAGAUCGGAGAGAAGGCAAGGCUCGUUCUGAAACCGAGAUGA